ACUAUCCAAAAAAUGCAGAAAUGUACAGCCAAAGUUGUUCUGGUUUUUCUAAGUAACUCAAAUUUCCAGCUAAUCCUAUAUGGUUUACUGGCUGUUCCUUUCUCAGGCCAUGUGUGGGUCAUCAACGACACUCUGCACAUGGCACUCACUCUGACCAUUCCAGGUUUUUCCCAGGUGUUGCAAGGCACAUUUGGCCUUCUGCAUCAGAGCAGCAGGGCAAUUGGCUUCCCUGAGUUCCUUGCUCACCUGCGCCCCAGCCAGACCCCAGAAGACAUGUUUAUAAAGAAGUUCUGGGAGUUCACCUUUGAUUGUACAUGGCCCUACCAGAAGAGCACAGUGACAGAGGGUGUCCAGUUCUGCUCAGGGAAUGAGAGUCUGAAAAACAAGCUACAUCCUUUCCCAGAAGUGAGCAGUAUUGAUGUUGCUUACACAGCUGUGUACAGCAUCGCUCAUGCCUUGCACAAUAUGCUAGCCUGUGAGUACCAGGAUGGGAAAGGUACAGACUCCCAGGACUUUCAUCCCUGGCAGCUGCUUCAUGCUCUCAGAAAGGUGCACUUCAAGACUCCUGAUGGAAAUAAGAUUAUGUUUGAUGCCAAUGGAGAUUUGGUGACACAAUUUAAUAUCUUCCAAGGGCAGAAGACCCCUGCAGGUGUAUUCCGCUUGGUCCAUGUAGGCAUGAUAGACCCUCAAGCCUCUUCAGGGAACAAAAUGAUGGUGCAGUUGAAGGAGGAUCUGCAAGUGCCCACCUCUAUCUGCAGUGAAAACUGCCUUCCAGGGUUCAGCCAAGUGCCCCGACUGGGAGCCCCCCACUGCUGUUUUGAUUGCAGUCCAUGCCCUGAGGGACAAUUUGCAGACCAGCGAGACAUGAAGAGAUGUCUUCUGUGUCCCAAGGAGCAGUACUCAAGCCAUACCAGAGACCAUUGCCUGCCCAGGACAGAGAUCUUCCUGGCCUUUGAGGAGCCAUUGGGAUUCAUACUGGCUUUGGUGGCACUCUUGCUGGCUGGUCUGGCUGUCCUGGUUCUUGGAGUGUUGCUGAAGCAUCGGGAUACACCUGUGGUCAAGGCCAACAACAGAACUCUCAGCUACUUCCUCCUGAUCUCUCUUUGCCUGUGUGCCCUGUGUGCCUUGCUCUUCCUUGGGAGACCCACUGUCACCACCUGCCUCCUCCGUCAGACCACCUUUGUUGUGGUGUUCACAGUGGCUGUCUCCUCUGUUCUGGCCAAGACUCUUACAGUAGUCCUGGCUUUCAGAGUCACCAGGCCACAGAGCAGGAUCCAGGUGUUCCUGAGCCCUGGUGCUUCAACCUCGGUGGUCCUCAUUGCUUCCUUGAUACAGGUUGUUCUUUGUGGGGUAUGGUUGGCCACCUCCCCACCAUUCCCAGACAGGGAUAUGAUCUCAGAGCCCCAGCACAUUGUCAUACAGUGUCAGGAGGGUUCUGGUGCCACCUUCUUCUGUGUGCUGGGCUACUUGGGUUUCCUGGCAGGGGGUACCUUCUCUGUGGCUUUUCUGGCCAGGCGCCUUCCAGAUGUCUUCAAUGAGACCAAGUUCCUCACCUUCAGCAUGCUGCUCUUCUGCAGUGUCUGGAUAGCCUUCCUGCCCCUGUACCAUAGUGCUCGAGGGAAGUCCACUGUGGCUGUAGAGAUCUUCUCCAUCCUGGCUUCCACUGCUGGACUUCUGGGUGGCAUCUUCAUCCCUAAGUGCUACAUCAUCUUGCUGAAACCCAAGAAGAACACCCCUGCCUGGCUAAGGCAAGGCCACCAGGCACAGCACAAUAGGCAGCAGUGUGUGAUGCUCCAGAGAAGUUGUACAUCCUCAGGGGAGUCACCAGGACCAAGUGCAUGA